CCAUCGUGGCAGCUGAGCCGCUGAGGCCAGCCUCUUGGUUCCCGGGAGCCCCUCCCCGAGGAUUGGGGUUUCCCCCACCUUCUUCUGCAGGCCUGUGGAGGCCCAGUGAAUUGGUUCCUGCUGAGCUCCCGCCUUCUUAUGAGCAAGUCAUAAAAGAAAUCAACCAAGUUCAGGUUAACACUACAAAUAAUAAUAAUGCUGCUGCCGCUCCAAGGCACACUGUUACUUCUGCAACUCAGACGGACUUUUCAGAAGAAAUAGACAACCACCUGCCUCAAACACUACAGGCACCUCUCAAGCCUCUUCAGCCUUCCCCAGUGGUCUCACCCCGUGAUCUUCCAACACAUGUGGCACCUUUAAUAGUCUUUGAUAUUUCCGAGGAACAGAAGUGUCCAGGAAUCCCCAGCACUACAAAAUGUCCAGUGCCAAGGCCAAGAACAAAAAGCAACCUCAGACCAGUCACCAGAAAUACUCCCAUUAAAGAGCAAAGUCACCAGAGGAUUAGUGUCACAGCCACAGAAGAGACAUCUUCCCCAAGCCGGCCCCAGUCUCUGUUGGACAAUACCAACGACUUGGACAGCCAGGCAGUGAUGAACAUUAUGAACACAGAACGAAGCCAAAAUAGUAUUGUCUCAAGAGUCAAAGCAUUUGAGGGUCAGACAAAUACAGAAACCUCAGGACUGCGCAAGAAACCAGAAGUUGUUCCCCGCACAGUCCCCCCAAGGCCUUCUGUUUCCUCAGGGAAACCCUCCGUGGCUCCCAAGCCAGCUGCUAACAGAGCUUCUGGAGAAUGGGACUCCUGGGCAGAAAACAGGCUCAAGGUGGCCUCCCGGGAAGGGCUUGUCCCACGCCCUUCACCUCAAGAAGCAGGAAGCAUCCCAGUAACCAAACCUGAAUUGCCAAAGAAACCAAAUCCUGGCCUUAUACGAAGCGUUAAUCAUGAGAUUCUGGGAGGAGGGCCCAUGGCCGAGGGCCCUAACGGUGGGAAGAAAGUCCCAACUCCUGCUCCACGGCCUUUGUUGCUCAAGAAAUCAGUUUCCUCAGAAAACCCCACCUGUGCUUUACUGAAACCAGUCACUGUUCCUCCUCGACUGUCAGUGGCAUCACAAACCAAAGCAUUCAGGUCACUGGGAGAAGGGCCUCUUACCAACCCCCCGGUUCCAGUUCUGCAAAGCACACCCCCAGGAGACAUCGAUCUUAUCAGCUUUGAUGAUGAUGUUUUACCCGUCCCAUCAGGGAACCUGGCUGAAGACUCUACCAGUUCAGAGAUGGUUCUGGAUCCCUUUCAGCUCCCCACAAAAACAGAACCAACAAAGGAACCAGCAGUUCAACCAGCAUCCACCAGGAAGCCCACUGUGAUUCGAAUUCCAGCCAAACCAGGAAAAUGUUUACAUGAGGAUCCACACAGCCCGCCUCCUCUCCCUGCUGAAAAACCCAUUGGAAACACUUACAGUGCAGUAUCUGGAAAACUAAGUAAUGUUGACCGAGCCAGAAACUUGGAAUCUGAUUACGCUGGUCAAGCAGGAAGUUCUGUGCCAGGGCCCCCCAGGUUGCCACCGAGACCUAUAAAUGGAAAAGUCAUACCAGCUCAACAGCCUCCUCCCAAGGGGGCCCCUGAGAGACCACCUCCCCCUAAACUUUCUGCAGCCAGAACGUCAUGUAAAAAACUGCCUUUUAAUCGGUCCUCUUCUGACAUGGAUCUUCAGAGAAAACAAAGUAACUUGGCAUCUGGACUCUCAAAAGCCAAGAGUCAAGUCUUAAAAAAUCAAGAUCCGGUGCUACCCCCUCGCCCCAAACCAGGACACCCUCUCUACAGGAAAUACAUGCUGUCUGUGCCUCAUGGAAUUGCCAGUGAAGACAUUGUCUCGGAAAACCCAGGAGAACUCUCUUGUAAGCGUGGGGACGUACUUGUGAUGCUGAAGCAGGCUGAAAAUAAUUACUUGGAAUGCCAAAAGGGAGAAGAUACUGGCAGAGUUCACCUGUCUCAGCUGAAGAUUAUCACCCCACUUGAUGAACAUCUUCGAAACAGACAAAGAGAUCCAAGCCACUCUCAGAAGCCUGUUGACAGUAGUGCUCCUCACGCUGUUGUUCUUCAUGAUUUUCCAGCAGAGCAAGUCGAUGAUUUGAACCUUGCUUCUGGAGAAAUUGUUUAUCUUCUGGAAAAAAUAGAUACAGAUUGGUACAGAGGGAAAUGUAGAAACCAGACUGGUCUAUUUCCUGCCAACUACGUCAAAGUAAUUAUCGAUAUUCCAGACAGAGGAAAUGGGAAAAGAGGAUCGAUUUCAUCGCAUUGUGUUAAAAGCUCAAGAUGUGUUGCUCGGUUUGAAUAUAUUGGAGACCAGAAGGAUGAGUUAAGUUUCUCAGAGGGAGAAAUUAUUGUUCUUAAAGAGUAUGUGAAUGAGGAAUGGGCCAGAGGCGAACUUCGAGACAGAACUGGGAUUUUCCCCCUUAACUUUGUGGAACUUGUGGAAGACCAUCCCACUCCUGGUGCAAAUGUUUUCAGCGCAGAGGUACCACCAAAGACCAAAAAUGAAGAUUCCAGCUCAAGUUCUCAGGAUAAUAGUCUUUCUGGAGAAUGGUGCGAAGCUCUUCACAGUUUUACAGCGGAGACCAGUGAAGACUUGUCGUUCAAUAGGGGAGACCGGAUCCUGAUCCUGGAGUGUCUGGACUCCGACUGGUACAAGGGCAGACUGCAUGACAGGGAGGGAAUCUUCCCAGCCGUUUUUGUGCGGCCCUGCCCAGGUGAGGCAAAAGGUCUGUCUGCUGCAGCACCGAAGGGGAGGAAGGCCAAAGCUUUGUUUGAUUUCCACGGGGAGAAUGAAGAUGAGCUUUCCUUCAAGGCUGGAGAUAUAAUAACAGAGCUGAAAUCUGUGGAUAAGGAUUGGAUGAGCGGAGAACUAAUGGGAAAAUCUGGUAUAUUUCCCAAAAACUACGUUCAGUUUCUACAAGUCAGCUAAAGGUGAAGCUUGGUUGGGUUCCUUGGCACAAGAACUCACUUGAACUAUCACUUUGACUAUCAGAUUUGGUUUUGCACUAUCUUUUUUUUAACGGAAAGAAAUACCUACACUGUACAUGGUACACUAGAAUUUUCUGAAAGCAGAAAACUUCUAGUUUUUGUAUUUAGCUUUCAUUCACAGUAGCAACACACAUAUGGAAACCCAUGAGCCAAGGAUUGUCCCAAGGAAAACAGCAAGCAAGAUUAGCAAGGCAGAUACAGUAUCCCCCAGAGAAAGCACCUGGUGACAUGGUGCAAUGGGAGGCUUACACACAGCAUUUGCACUCGGACAUCUGUUUGAAUCAGCACAAGUGAAUUAACCAUGCUUCUUCGUUUUUUACUUUAGUUUAAAAAGAGGACGGUUGACAUUCUACAUGCUGUAACUAUCAGGACGUGGUUGGUAAUCUAAAUUUCAUUUUUCAUAUUCAAAUUAAUUCUAACAGCUUGAGCGCAUAUCCUUAUUACUGAGGCAAACCCUUGCUUCAGGACGGGAUAGCUUAUUGCUAGUUCGAGCAUUUGUAAGCACAUGGUGGAAAUCAGCGCACGCUCACCAAAUGCUUCUUGUGUUACUGUUUCCCAUAUGUCCUAGGAUUUGAAGAGGGUCAAAAUUUGAUGUAUCUUACUUAGUCAAAAGAUCCAAAGCCAUCCCUGCAAUGCCUUGCUAAUACAACUAACUCUCUUACAUACCUGCCAUACUUAUUUCUUUCCUUGAUGUGUACUUUAUGUUAACAGGGUUAUUACAAAGCACGUUUUCUGAAUCUGCAAUCAUUCCUUUGACAAUUACUGGUGCCCAAAGAAAAAUUCAUUUUCUUUGUGUUACUCCAGUAAUACAUAAAAGCUGUGUCAUUUAAUGGUAGUACAUUAUGAACCACAUAUUAAAUCUUAGAAUACAGAGCAACUGUUAAGAUGGAAAACAAUUACCAGCCCCCACUGCUAAUUUCUUCCCAAUAUAAUCAGAAUGAGAAAUAAUUUAAGAGGACUGAAGGCUAGGACUUUUUUUCUUCCUUUUUUACCUGCUCAUCCCUAUACAAUUAUUAGAGUAAAUAAAAAAACACCUUCCUGCUAUCCAUUAUUAUGUAUUCCAGGCUUAAGAUAAAAAGUGGUUCUUUAUAUGACUGAAUCAAUUACAGUUUAUGAGCUAAAGCCAAAUAGGUCGAAGACAAUCUUGCAAACAGAUCAAUGGAAUAGAAUUUCAUUGGAAAUGGAAAACACUUUCCCAACAAUGUGCAUGCCUUUCUUCUAUUUUUGAGAAGAGUUUCAUAUGCUGGGUCACUUUUUAGCUUUUGUUAUUGUUUCCCAUUGUUCAAAAAGUUAGGCAGCCAGUGGUCAAACUGUUAUAUGCCAACGCCAACCACAUGGGCUUCUGUAAGGAAAGCGAUGUUUUCUUUGUCUUUGAUUAAAGUUCAUCUCCCGGUUAUGUGGUUACAUUUGGUCUUGGAGUAUGAGGGCUGAGCUUCCUACAUGUUUGGGGUAAAGAAGUCAAUAUAAGGAAAACUCUUGUCAAAUUUCACUCAUAUAAGUCAGUUUUCACUCAUGAGAAAUAAAUUCUCAGCUGUAACAGCAGGAAGUGAGGGGUAUGGUAUGAGACGUGAGGUAUAUAUUUUUGCCUGGGUAAUUGUAACAUCUUAAAUUAAAAAUUAUGAUAACCUAGCUUUAUUGAGAAAAAUAACCCUCUUAAAUUUUCGCCUUCUGUCAGCAGAAUGAUAAGUGCAAUAGUUGUGAAUCUACUUGACAUUAUAAUAAACUGAACCGAACUUUUCCAAGUCCCUUUCUCAUACUAGACUGAGAUUUUUGAGAAUUGAAAUGGUAUCUUAUUUAUCUUUGUAUCCCCUAAUAAAGGUUGGUUGAUUGGUUGC